GUUCUCGAUUGUCCUUUGAAGAAGUAACAUCACAAGUAAGCGAUACGCUUUCGACUAAGGUGAUCCGGCUCGUGUGAUUCUGCAAAUAAAUAAAUCAAUAUAUCUGAAACGAGAUUUCGCAUGAUGUUCCUAAAAUUGUCAUUGAAUACUUUAUUAUAUAUUCUUGUAAUGACAAUGGCUUCUUCUAUCGAAAAUGCGGGAAAUUUGUGGCAUAGUGUGGAUUACCAUAGGUUGAGCGGUCUGACAUCGCUUCAUUAUAGCUUGAAGCUAUCAUUGAUUCCGAGUUAUAUAUCCCAUGGAGAAUCCAAUAUUACUAUUCAUAUUCAUGGUCCAACACGAGACAUAACUUUACUUACGUCAGCAUAUAUAAAUGUAACAUCAGUAAAUUUAAUAUCGCUCGACAAUGAAAAAAUCUAUGUACCAAGAUGUUUAUAUAGCAGCAAUGAUAAGGAUAACAUUGUCCUUAAUUUUACCGAACAAUUGUUGCCUGAAAAUAGCUUUGAACUCGGAUUUUAUAUUCUAUAUGUUAAUUUUACAAACUUUAACCCAAAAGAAUUUCCGCAAACUUGGUACACAGAUGAGAAAGAAGAUAACAUGUUCGUCGCAACAUUUUUCCAGCCCACACAAAACCGACCAUUAUUUCCAUAUUUGAACAUUUCGGAAUCGGCCACUACCUUUAAGAUCUUAGUAGAACAUGGUAAACGAUACAAAGUUUUAUCGAAUAUGCCGAUAAAAAAUCAAUCUAUGUCUAAUGACAAGAUGCUUACGUAUUUCCACACGUAUCCACUGACGUCUAUAUACGAAGUAGCAUUAAUUCUGAUGUCGUCUGAUAUGACACCUUCAGAUCCCAUCAGAUAUGAUCCUUAUCUCUCUCCUUUUUCGAAAAUAAUUAUCAAUACGUGGAGCAGAUCGCGUUUGGUACCUUAUAUGAAAUUUACGCGACAUAUUCUCAAAAAUGUAACCAGACAUUUAGAAGACACUUGGAAAAUCUUGAAGAGAGGUCCUAAGAUAGAUUAUGUCUUUAUUCCGAAUUUCGAGGGCAAUAUCAGGCAGACUUGGGGAUUUCUACUUUACAAUGAAACGUAUAUUACCUACAAUGAAGAAAAACAUUCAGUACAGCAUAAAAGUGCAGCAAUACACUCAAUAGCUCAUAAUAUAAUAUCACAAUGGUUCGGUGGUCUCUUCUAUUCUUAUAAACACUGGUGGUUAAAUGAGGGCUUCAUUAAGUUCGUCGAAGCAUAUGUCAUUGAUAAGGUCUUUCCAAACUGUGGAAUGAUGAACUUGUCCAUAAUUCAAGAUAUGCAUGAAUAUCGUUAUAUGGAUAUACAUUUUCCUUCUGAUAUUUAUGGAAACAUUACAAAUAAUACAUUUAAAAUUAAUUCACUUUCUAUUCGUCAACGUAUUAAAGGACCUAUUGUAUGGCGCAUGUUAAAAGAAGUAAUACCCAAUAAUGUGUUUUGGAAGAGUAUCUACUUAUAUUUAAUCAGGGGGGCGACGUGCGUUAAUUCGAGAAUUCCUGAUAAUCUAUGGGAUAUUAUGCAGACUACCAUAGAUAAAUCAGAAAUUAAGAAUUACGAACUAAACGUAAAACGAAUGAUGAAUGUUUGGGCUGAACAGAAGUAUUGUCCUGUGGUAAAUGCGACACGAGAUUAUAACAGUGAAGGAGAUUAUAUCACUAUAUCGAUAGACAAAAAACAACUUUUCAAUCAAACAACUUUUUUUAUACCCAUCAGCUAUACUACGGAAAAGAACAACGAUUUCAACACAUCGUCAGCUAUUGAUUAUUAUUUAACGGAAUCGAAUCCCGAGUUGAAAAUACCUAUUAGAUUUCAAAAUUUAUGGGUAAUUGUCAAUAAACAAAAAACUGGAUAUUAUCGCAUCAACUAUGAUACGAAUAAUUGGCGAAGAGUUGGAACUUAUUUAAAUCUCAACUAUACUAAUAUACCUGUUCUCAUACGAGCACAAAUUGUCGAUGACGCGUUUUACUUUGCGUUAGAGAAAAGACUACAUUUCGAUAGAUUCAUUAAUCUUGGGUAUUAUUUAGUGGAUCAUGAGCAAGAUUAUACACCAUGGUAUUCUUUGUUCAAAGCUUUUGAAUGCUUGUCGAACUAUUUUGCAAUUUUCAAUAUACCUGAUAUGCAUCUUCUUCCAGGACUCAAGAGAAUAUCAGUGCUAAUAAAAGGUAUGUUCGACAAUAAAUUAAGGCACAUAUAUCCAUAUCUUUUUAGAUGGCAAUUUGUAACUCAUCAUCCAAUGAAACCCGUCGACGACGAUUUUACUACAUAUUUAAAGAUGGACAUCAGAAAAUGGGGAUGUCUUAUCAAUGAUACUCGGUGCAUUUGGGUGGCCGAAAUGAAAUUGGUAUAUUAUCUACAAAAUCAAAAAUUCUUUAACAUUUCGACUGGGUGGGAGGAAUGGACAUAUUGUAAUGGUUUAAAGAGAGUGAACGCUAGUAUUUGGAAUAGUACAUAUUUGUUGGCAUCUCGUAUGUACAAAGAAAAAUCCGAUUAUAAAAUGUUAAAUUACCUUGGUUGUUCUGAAAAUUCUAGCAUUAUCGUUAAAUAUUUGUGGUCUGUAAUACCGGAAUUUAAAAAGGAUAUGUUGAGAGAGAAUGAUUAUAAGAUGCUUACACAGAAAGAUAAGGAUAAAAUUGAUACUUUAAUAAAUACUAAUAUGUUUCUUUCUACUCUUGCAAGACAUGCUAAGAACACUUUAGUACUUAAAGAAAUACUGAAGAAUUAUGAAAGAUAUUACAAAGACAGUCCAGUCAGUAUGACAUCGGCGUUAAUUGUGCUUAUUAAUAAUGCGUAUACUCAUAAACAAUUAUUUAGAGAGAUAGGUGAAUUUGCGAGAAAAGUUAUGCCUCCUUCAAAUUAUGAAUUUCAUAUUAAGAACAAGUUAACAACCCGUUAUGAUCAAGUGAGCGUCCAGAUGCAGUUUUUUAACAAUUUGUUCGAAAAUAAGAGUGAUAACGAGAUGGCCAAUGAAAAAGUCCAAUGAAGUCUAAUCUACUUGAAUUGAUACAUAUACAAUAAUAAAACAUAAUAUAUAUCAACAAAUGCAAAAAUAAA